AUGUACGUCAACGUGUAUACUGGCAUGUGGGUCGAUUAUUCCAAUGGGCAAAUCACUGGUGCAACCAUAACUCUGACUGCUCGAAAUGGCUCAAUCUUGGUGGCUGCCCUGUCCAUAUUCCUUGUCCUUGUUGGAAGCCAGUUCUGGAGCAUUCUGAGCUUUGUUAUUCACCAGAUGAAUGCAACAGACAAGGCUACUGAUAUACUGCACUUUCAACACCAAGCAAUUUUUCGCAAUGCCGGCACAUCAAUCGGUGCUGCUCGAGAACUGCUGGCGCUUCCAUUGCCAUGGCGGCGUCGACAAACGGGGUCAAGAGACUUCUCGAUGACUAUACUUCGGUCGUGGGCGUGGGCUUUCCUUGCUCUUACCAACUUCUGCGUCUGGUCUACGGUUGGACUCUUUUCAUCUGCCAUUACAAGAUCUGCCGGAAACCACAUUUUGAUCACGCCCGGAACUUGUGGGAUAGUGUUUGACAACACGUCUGAAACCGGCCUUUCAAGCAAAUCACUUGGCAAAACCAUCAUUGCGGACACACACGCACGAGGUUGUUAUGGGAGUAAUGAUAGCUCGGCACAAUCGGAUGCAUCGACUCUCACUACGACCUGGGUAUUAACGCGCCCUUGGAAAACAGAAUUUAUUACCGCAGGCUCGAUAAGUCAGUAUGGCGGAGAUAUUAAGGCCUCAAGCUGGCUUCCCUCGGAAAAAUUCUACCUGCCAGAUGCAGAUCUUACCCUCGUCUGGCUACUUCCAAAUUUUGUGUUCUCCAUGACCCCUAUCGACGACCCAUUUUUUGGAUUUCAUCCAAAUAAUAUCUCAAGAAAAUUCUGCCAACCCGACAAUUUGGUAAACAUCAUGGCUUGUACUGAUCAAUAUCAAGUGUGUAAUCCAAAGAGACAAACGCCUAUAUGCUCCCCGUUAACCGCAGCCGUCCUAUUACGAGACAAUAUUUCCAACAUUGAGCUGAAUCCCACUCAGAAUGUCACAGCCAGACUGAUACUGGCCCUAAAUGGUGCUGAUGGUAUUGGUUCCUCACUUGGGGGAAGAGGGGCAGGCGCGCUUCUUGCAAGCGAAAAGGUUGCUCAGUCCAUACAAAGUUUUCUUCCUAGCAACCAAUGGGCUACUGAAGUUAAAAACUGGUUUGCGAUCAGUUUGAUAAAACUCCAGUAUGCCCUUGUUGAGUAUCCAACCGGUCCGACUUCUCCCUUAACGGAAAAUCUUGCCCUGAAGGUUCCGCAGACGUCUGAAUCCCAGAAUCUCUGCCGAUCAAUGAAAGUCCCAAACCCAGGAGGGUACAAGUCCUUUAGCGUUCUUGCCCUCGUUAUCGUCCUCGUUGUAGGAGGCAUGGUCAUUAUCAUAAGCAUCAUUCUUGAGCCCGUCACCAAUUAUAUUUAUAACAAUUGGGUCACAGAGCACCAGUUCCGGAGGCUUCAGUGGAUUCUCGAUGGAAAGCUGCAGCUACAGCGAAUGGCACUUCAUUAUCGGGCGGUUGGAAAGCCCAGGACGACACCAUUUGAUGAUACCAGGCACACCUGGCACCCAAGAACACGCACCGCUUCGAGAGCAGCUUGCAUGAAUGUGAAUAAACAACACAGAGGUUGGGAAAGGAAAGAUGGUGAAAGGCACCCUGGUGCUGCGCCACCAACUCGAUCCAAUCAAGGUUGA